AUGGAGGACCAGCUCAUCCAGCUGCUGUCCAACACCCACAGCUCUGAACAGGUGCCCCGCCAGCAGGCCGAAAUCGAGCUCAAGCGCGCCGCCUCCAAUCCUGCCUUCCCCCAGUCUCUGGCUAAUAUUGCUGCACACACCUCUGUCGAUACCUCUGUUAGGCAGUCUGCUCUCACCUCCUUGCGUCUGUUUAUUGAAAGGAAUUGGGCUGUUGAGGAGCUGGGUGAUGGACCUCAAAUCCCCAUUGCCGACAAUGUCAGAGCUUCGCUCAAGCAGGCUCUGCUGGACCUUGUUCUGAGCGGGGAGGAUGACCGGAAGGUGAAGAUAGCCACUAGUUAUGCUGUUGGAAAAAUCGCUGUCCAUGACUUUCCCGAACAAUGGACCAAUCUCCUCCCCACCGUGUUGGGCGUAAUCUCCACCGGCACCGACGCACAGCUACACGGAGCUCUCAAGGUUCUUGGUGACCUUGUUGAAGAGAGUUUGAGUCAGGAGCAGUUCUUCACGAUGGCUAGGGACAUCGCCAAGACACUUACUGAAGUUGCACUGAACGAAAACCGAAAACCGCUUCUGCGUUCGCUCGCUAUUUCCGUCUUCCGAGGCUGUUUCAACAUUCUGGAAAUGAUAAAGGGGGAUCACGGGGAUCAGGUCAAGCCGUUCGCCGAGGAAUUGCUCCAGCAGUGGAACCCCUUCUUCUUGACUGUGCUCAAGAGCCGAUUGCCCGAGGCUGAUCUGAGCUCUGGCCAGCCUUCCAGCUGGAACAGUGUAAUUUCGCUCAAGGUCCAGGUGGUCAAGACUCUUUCCGACAUUCGAAAAGGAUUCCCCGCCCUUCUUCUUCCACACAGCACAGCUCUGUUCACUGCAGUCUGGGAGGAACUCAGCCUUUUCCAAGCGCCUUAUACUGAACUUUACAUCCAGAGUGACGCCCAGGGACGCUUGGAAGAUUCAGAUGGUUUGCCCUAUACUUUGGACUUUCUCAUUCUUGAGGAGAUUGACUUCCUCAGCCGCUGUUUCCGUGCAGCGCCUGUCCGUGCCGAGCUGGACGGACAGCUCAACGCUCACGCAUCGGCCGAGCAGGUUCCUUGGAUGAUGGAGAUUAUGAGAAUGCUCGUCAGCUACUCCUCUGUGACCAGGGAAGAGGAAGAGCUUUGGGAUAUCGAUUGCUCCUUAUUCCUGGCCGAGGAAACUUCUGUUACUGCCAACUACACCGCCCGUGUCGCAGCUAGUGACUUGUUGAUCAAGAUGGGCGAGUGGUUUGGCCAAAAGACAAUCGACGGCCUCUUUGGCUACACAAAGACACUUUUCCCUGCCGAUGGCUCAAACUGGCGCAGCCAAGAAGCUGCCCUCUACCUGUUUGUGAUGCUUGCCAGCGAUUUCCACGACACUGGAGUCCCUAUCCCGGACCCCGUCUCGGCCGCAUACCUUGAGUUGAUCGACUUUGCAAUUAGUCGCCCCAAGGAGGCUCUAUUACGUGCUCGGGGUUUCCUUGUUGCAGGAAUGCUUUGCCGUGCAUAUGAGGCGCCGCCCACUCUUCUCAACCGCGUCAUCGAGUCUAUUACUGGCGAAGAGGCCGAGGUUGUCCAGGUUUCUUGCAUCAAGGCCAUUGAGGGGCUUAUGAAUGCCAACAAGAUUACUGUUGAUCGACAGAUCUCCAUCAUCUCCGCCAUCCAAAAUUACAUGAAUGGAAAGGACCCUGCUGAGAUGGAGGAUGCUGACGAGCUGUUGGUUACCCUCAGUGAGGCACUGCGCGCUGCCAUCCGCCUGAACUGUCAAAUUGCCCUGUCCAACGACAUCCCCUCUAUUGAUCUUUUAUUUGUUCUUGCCAAGAUUGGAGCUUCCAACCUCCAGGUCACAAUAAUGUUGUCUGAAGCCAUUGAAGAAAUCGUUCGCAGCCUUUCUGACAAGGAUUCGUUUGCGGCACUUUGCCAGAAAAUCAUACCCACUCUGACAGGUGCCUUUGAUGUGGCCAAUUUGACAGAGGAUGAUCCUCUCGUUACGGUUGCCGUUGAGCUCCUCUCAGUGCUCGUGAGGUACGGAUCAUCACCUUUGCCCGCUGGCUUUGUGGCGGCCACGUUCCCCAAGCUCACUCGACUCUUGAUGGAGUCUACCGAGGGUGAUGUCCUGCGACCUGGCGCGGAGGCUGUCAAAUGGAUUCUCGUCCACGAUCACCAGCAGCUGUUUGAGUGGCAAGAUGCAAACGGACGAUCUGGCUUGGAAGUGUGUCUCCAUAUCAUUGACCGACUCCUUGGCCCGUCAAUGAGUGAUAAUGAUGCAGCUGAAGUUGGCGGACUCGCAGCAGAACUAGUGGAGAAGGCGGGACAGGAACGACUUGGGCCAUUCCUACCUCAGUUGUUGCAAGCCGUGGUCAACAGACUUGCGUCGGCACAACAGGUUACUCUCAUCCAGUCACUCUGUUUAGUCUUUGUUGGGCUCUCUAUCCACGGGGCUUCCGACGUUCUCGAAUUUCUUAGUCAAACCCAAACCAACGGCAAGAGUGGCUUGCAAGUCGUUAUGGAGUUGUGGCUUGAGAAUACCACUGCCUUUGCUGGUUAUGACGAGAUACGACAGAAUGUUACCGCUCUCUCCAAGAUCUAUAGCCUUAAUGAUCCUCGCUUAGCUCAGAUAUCUGUCAAGGGCGAGCUUAUUAUGAACGACGAUGGGCGAAUCAAGACCCGUUCACGGGCAAGACAGAACCCAGACCAGUACACAAUCAUCCCAGCACCACUUAAAAUCAUCAAGUUGCUUAUCGAUGAGCUCUUCUCUGCAUCUGGUGCUCGAGCUGCAGCAGACGCCGCCUCUGCUGCUAUUGCAAAUGCUGACUACCCCGAGGAUGACGAUGAUGAAGGAUGGGAGAACGAGGAUGAAACCCUCGACCUUGGUCUCAUGUCGGUCAAGGGCGAUCUUAUGGCCUUUAUCGAAGGCUCAGGACAGCGUGAACCCGACGAUGAGACCCAAGGUUUCCUGGUUGACUUUUUCAUCCGCUGUGGCCGCGAAAAUAUCAGCAACUUCCAGGACUGGUACGGCAUGCUGACGCAAGACGAGCAGGCUAAGCUCAACCAGCUUGCGAGCUCGGCUGGACAAUAG